AGAAAAUUCAAAAUGGCGGUAAACGGCGGGAAAAGGUGUUCACAGAUAAACAUGCUGUGACAAACAUGUUAAAACAAAACUGUUCAAGGAAAGUUAGGAAUGAAAAGUAGUGGGGGAGGAAAGGCGUCCAAGGCAUCUUUGUUGGCACGAGGUCUCCCCACAAAAACUAAGCCACCUGCGUUUAAAAGAGUCCCAAAAGGACAACAUAAAGCUGUUAAGGAGACCAAACCAGGUUAUAGUCUCUACACCACAGAUUCAGAAGACCAGGUUUCUUCAGUUGACCGAGGCUUGAACAGAUGUGCAGCUCUUCUGUCUAAUAUACUUGACAAUGAAGACAAAGAUGGUACAGCUAAGUCCAAGGUGACAAGUUUGGGGAAACCUGUCAAGUCAUCUUUAAAAAGAGCAGGAGCAGCCUUGCAUCACCAAGUCAAACCAGACAAGCUUAGCACUCAGAGAACAAGAGUGUCAAGUCGAAAAGUUGUAAUUCCCACUGCAAAGACUGAUGACAGAGCAAGUCCUUCGCCAUCAAGGCCUCAAGAAGUAAAGCAAGGAACAUCAACAGCUUACAAUGACCGCUUAGUGUCAUCUACACCAAUUCUCACUGCAGAGGAGCGACAGAAACAUCAACAGCUGCAAAAGCGAGAAGCAGAAUUGCAACAAGAACUGUCACAACUAAAGCAGCGUUAUGAGCUUCUGCAGAAACAGAACGAUCCCAACCACCACAUGGAACAAAAACUGCAACUUCAAAACUCGAUGAUGCAAGAGCUCGAUAGUCAUCAACAGAAACAACCUUUACAAAGGUCUGCCUGCUCCAGGCACUUAAAUGAACGACAGUCUGUGAGCAACUCUGAAAGUGAGAAACACUCAAGGAGACCUUCAGCGCGGAGAAGCCUGGACUAUUCAGGUUUCCCUGAAGUGAAAAUUUCAGCUAGUGACACUUCUGUUGAUCGUGGCUUUGACGAGCCCCAAGUAGGGAGUGUAUCAGAUACGAUGGGAGCGGAGGGUCGUGAGCGUGUUGGAGACGAAGAUCUGAUGCAUAAUAUGGAUGACUCGGUUACGCAAGAGGUUGACACUCCAGGAUCAAAGAAACAAGUCAGAAUCGUAUCACCCUCUGGAAAUACGUCACCUCCCGUUGAAAGAGAAUUCUUAGCGAGUGCAAGUCCACUUCAGAAUGUGUCCAAUUCUACAAACACAGAAAUUUCUGAAGGGAAAAGAACAAGAAAAAUGGCCACUCCAUCAUCUGUUUCUGCUCAGGCAAGCUCCAGAAGAGAAAAGGAUGGAAUAGAAAUGUCUUCUGCUGAAAAUCAGGCACGGAUGAUUCAGUACUUAAUCGAUGAACUCAGAGCACUCCUUGGAAAUACAGGUGAUUUGGAGGUAGAUCGUUUGCUUAAUGAAAUAGACGAUGCUGUAAAGCUUCUUCCCUAUCUCUUGGAGAAAGAUCACACUGCAUCUGUUUCGCAGGAAAUUGAACAAGCAGUACGAGCCUAUAAAGUUGAAAAUGCUCAGUUAAAAAGGAAGCUCCUUAUUUCUCACCAAAAGCUGAAAGAAGGAUCCGUAAAGAAACACGACGACAAAUCCUCUAGUAGGAUGGAUCUUGCUUUUGAAUUGGCAGCUUGCAGGUCGGUGAACAGUGUACUCCAGAAACAACUAACAGAAGAAAAAGACAAUAAGGAGCAGAUACUCACAGAAAGGGACCGACUCUCGCAGAACCUAAAUGAACUGAAAGAGGAGAGAAAGAAGUUUCUACAAAUUCUAUCAAACAAGGAACAAGAUUAUCUGAGGUUGAAACGAGAAUUACAGCAAGAUUCGUCCAAACUGACUGCUGAAAAUAAGAAGCUUAAAGCAGAUCUCGAAGCUGUUUACCUUUCAACGGAAGCAGAAAAGAAAGAAGCCACCAUCCUUGGUCUUUCUUUAAAACAGAAAGAUGCAGAAAUAGACAGACUCAAAGAACUCACCAGAGGGCUUCAACAAUCUCUUACCCGCUUGCUGUCAGAUAUAGAACAGUUUCAACCUAAUGGUCCUUUAAGGCUGGGAAGCAUGUUGGAUAAAGCCAUCGCAUUGGAAAGUUUAAAUGCAUUUUUAGGGAGUGGCCUCCAGACCGCAGGCCAAGCAACGACCCCAGGUCUCUCCCCUGAGGUUUUACAACUUGCAAGACGAGAUAACAGAAACCCUUUAUCUCCAAGUCGGCCCGAAAAAGCAAUUACUACCCUUGAACAAUCGCCGUCGUUCAGUCAAGGUGUGGUAUCAACGGAGAAAGUUUCCAGAAAGGGUAACGAUGUGAAAUACAAAAAACAGUUACGAUUUGCGGACGCUACGCAGAACACCUCUACGCAUGCGGAUGGAAUUGAAUCAUGGGAAGACGGUUUGAAGGUAGAGGACAAAGAAAAUGGCGGGGAUUUAUCUUCCCUUUCAUCAGGAGAAGAAGAAGAUUUCAAGAGAGAUUUAGCGAAUCUUGACGCUAAUAUUGCAAGGAUACAGAAAAGUUUGCGAGAAACCGCUUAUAGAACUUGACAUAAGUCGAUGUUAAGUCGCAGUCUGGAAAUAAAUUAACUUGUUAAGAAGAACUUAUCGAAGUUUUCAGACAAGUCGCCCAUUUUCGCACACAUUCACAUUAUGUAAAAGUUUAUUAAAUAUAUACUUAAUUACUUUUUUAAACGUA